GUGCAGGUCACCAACCAGCAGCCCAGGCUGCCCAGAGCCACAUCCAGCCUGGCCUUGAAUGCCUGCAGGGAUGGGGCAUCCACAGCCUCCUUGGGCAACCUGUGCCAGUGCCUCACCACCCUCUGGGGGAAGAACUUCAACCUAAUAUCCAACCUAAACCUCCCCUGUCUCAGUUUAAAACCAUUCCCCAAUGUCCUGUCACUAUCAAUGCUCGUAAACAGACUCAUAAACUCCUCCUGUUUAUCUGCUCCCUUCAAGUACUGGAAGGCCACACUGAGGUCUCCCUGGAGCCUUCUCUUCUCCAAGCUGAACAAGCCCAGUUCCCUCAACCUUUCCUCACAGGAGAGGUGCUCCAGUCCUCUGCUCGUCUCAGUGCCUCCUCUGGACCUGCUCCAAAAGUUCCAUGUCUUUCUUGUACUGCGAGCACCACUUUUUGUCUGUUUGGGUUUUGUUUUUGGUUUUUUUUCCAGCUCACUUUUUGGAUGUUUUCAUUUGUGCAUAUCUGUGUUGGUGUCGUAAGCUCUCUCCUGUAGCCAAAAUCCUGGAAGUGACAUCAUCUGCCAAAAUCACCAUUCACUCCCACCUCCAGUGCUCCAUGUGAGAGAAGCAGCUCAGCUUGGCCUUUCUGGUAACACAUUGCUGCAAUAAGUGCUGGUGGUGUGCAGAAGGAUGGAAGAUGUGGGCUCCUUUGUUUAUUUUUCACAGUGUGAAGUGAAGAAGUCUCCCAGCUGAACUACUAUGAGGUCAGAAGCCUUGCUGCUAUAUUUCACACUGCUACACUUUGCUGGGGCUGGUUUCCCAGAAGAUUCUGAGCCAAUCAGUAUUUCGCAUGGCAACUAUACAAGACAGUAUCCGGUGUUUGUGGGUCACAAGCCGGGACGGAACACCACGCAGAGGCACCGGCUGGACAUCCAGCUGGUCACGGUCAUGAACAGAACCCUCUACAUUGCUGCUAGGGACCAUAUUUAUACAGUUGAUAUGGACACAUCACAUACAGAAGAAAUUUAUUUUAGCAAAAAACUGACGUGGAAAUCUAGACAAGCUGAUGUAGACACAUGCAGAAUGAAGGGAAAACAUAAGGAUGAAUGUCAUAAUUUCAUUAAGGUUCUCCUAAAAAGAAACGAAGAUACUCUGUUUAUCUGUGGAACAAAUGCAUUCAACCCUUCUUGCAGGAACUACAAGGUGGAUACACUGGAGUUCCUGGGUGAUGAGUUCAGUGGAAUGGCCAGGUGCCCCUACGAUGCAAAGCAUGCCAACGUUGCAUUGUUUGCGGAGGGAAAGCUGUAUUCUGCCACAGUGACUGACUUCCUAGCAAUAGAUGCAGUCAUAUACCGGAGCCUUGGAGAAAGCCCAACUCUGCGGACAGUGAAACAUGACUCAAAGUGGUUGAAAGAACCAUACUUUGUCCAGGCAGUGGACUACGGCAAUUAUAUUUACUUCUUCUUCCGGGAAAUAGCAGUGGAGUACAACAGCAUGGGAAAGGUAGUUUUCCCGAGGGUGGCUCAGGUUUGCAAAAAUGAUAUGGGAGGAUCUCAGAGAGUGCUGGAAAAACAGUGGACUUCCUUCCUCAAGGCUCGUUUGAACUGCUCAGUUCCGGGUGAUUCACACUUCUACUUCAACAUACUGCAGGCAGUUACAGAUGUUAUCCAUUUCAAUGGCCGGGAUGUUGUUUUAGCAACCUUCUCCACUCCAUAUAACAGCAUCCCUGGCUCUGCAGUCUGUGCCUAUGACAUGCUUGACAUUGCCAGUGUAUUCACUGGGAGAUUCAAGGAGCAAAAGUCUCCAGACUCCACAUGGACACCGGUUCCUGAUGAAAGAGUGCCCAAACCCAGACCAGGUUGUUGUGCUGGUUCUACAUCAUUAGAAAAAUACUCAUCCUCUAGUGAGUUCCCAGAUGAUACUCUGAACUUCAUCAAAACACACCCACUGAUGGAUGAGGCUGUACCUUCCAUUGUCAAUCGACCCUGGUUCCUGAGAACGAUGGUCAGAUACCGCCUGACCAAAAUUGCUGUCGACUCUGCUGCUGGGCCAUAUAAGAACUACACUGUGGUUUUCUUGGGAUCAGAGAAGGGAAUCAUUCUGAAGUUCUUGGCACGGACAGGAAACAGCGGUUUCCUAAAUGACAGCCUUUUCCUGGAGGAGAUGAACAUCUACAAUCCUGAAAAGUGCAGUUACGAUGGCAUGGAAGACAAGCGUAUUGUGGCCAUGCAGCUUGACAAACCCAGCAGCGCCCUUUACGUUGCCUUCUCCACCUGUGUCAUCAAGGUUCCCCUGGGGCGGUGUGAGCGUCACGGCAAAUGCAAAAAGGCCUGCAUAGCAUCCAGAGACCCUUACUGCGGCUGGGUGAAGGAGAGUGGGGCAUGCACACAGCUGGUCCUUGGUGCUAAGCUGGUGUUUGAGCAGGACGUAGAACAUGGCAAUACAGAUGGCCUGGGGGACUGCCAAAAUUCCUUCGUAGCCCUGAAUGACAUUUCAACUGCUUCACCUGAUCAUGAAAUGUCUUACAACACAGUGUAUGGACAUUCCAGUUCACUAGUUCCAAGCACCACCUCUUCCGACUCUUGGGCUCGACAGGGUUAUGAUGCUAGGGGACGCAUGCUGGAUUGGAAGGAUCCGCUUGGUUCAUCCGAAAAUACAGAUCCAUAUGUGGCAGUUUCAUCCCAUAAUCAUCAAGACAAGAAGGGAGUGAUUCGUGAGAGUUACCUGAAGGGUCAUGAUCAGCUGGUGCCGGUCACCCUGUUGGCCAUUGCAGUAAUUCUAGCUUUUGUAAUGGGGGCCGUCUUUUCGGGCAUCGUAGUGUACUGUAUCUGUGACCAUCGCCGCAGAGAUGUGGCUGUUGUGCAGAGAAAGGAGAAGGAACUGACCCACUCCCGCCGCGGCUCCAUGAGCAGUGUUACCAAGCUCAGUGGCCUCUUUGGAGAUGCUCAGUCCAAAGAACCAAAGCCUGAAGCUAUCCUCACACCUCUGAUGCACAAUGGCAAGCUGGCCACACCAGGCAGCACUACCAAGAUGCUAAUCAAGGCUGACCAGCACCAUCUGGACUUGGCUGCCCUGCCAACCCCAGAGUCCACCCCAACCCUGCAGCAGAAAAGGAAGCCCAACCGUGGCAGUAGAGAGUGGGAAAGAAACCAGAAUCUCAUCAAUGCCUGCACAAAAGAUAUCCCCCCAAUGGCCUCACCCGUGAUCCCAACUGACCUGCCACUCAGGGCUUCUCCUAGCCACAUUCCCAGUGUUAUGGUUCUGCCCAUUGCCCAGCAAGGCUACCAACACGAGUAUGUUGACCAGCCAAAAAUAAGUGAUGGGGCUCAGAUGUCUGUGGAGGACCAGAAUGCCACCCUUGAGUACAAAACCAUCAAGGACCAUCUCAGUAGCAAAAGCCCCAGCCAUGGGGUUAACCUGGUGGAAAAUCUUGACAGCAUGCCGCCAAAGGUACCUCAGCGGGAAGCCUCGCUCGGGCCGCCGAGCACCUCCCUGUCUCAGAGUGGCCUGAGCAAGCGGCUAGACGUGCAUUCUUCUGCUUACAACGUGGACUACAAGAGAAACUACCCUACAAACUCGCUCACAAGAAGUCACCAGGCGUCGACCCUCAAAAGAAACAACACCAACUCCUCUAACUCAUCACACCUCUCUCGAAAUCAGAGCUUCGGCAGGGGUGACAACCCACCGCCAGCUCCGCAGCGGGUGGACUCCAUACAAGUCCACGCUGCACAGGCACAGGCCAUGACUGUAUCACGACAGCCGAGUCUCACCACGUACAACUCUCUGACCAGGUCAGGGUUGAAACGCACGCCCUCGCUAAAGCCAGACGUACCUCCCAAACCUUCCUUUGCUCCGCUCUCCACGUCCAUGAAGCCCAAUGACGCGUGUACAUAAUCACAGUGGGGUGGGUGGGGGGAGAACGGCAGUUAAGCAGAAGUUGCCCUUGAAAGAGAGUGUUCUGCAACUGCUCCUCUGAGAAGAUGGUUGUUGCAAGCUGAGGACGUGUUUGUUUCUGCUCUCUGGGAAAAGUGGAAUAUUUUUUUAACCCGAGCCAUAUGACCUAUGGUUGAAGGUUUGCAAUCGCAGGACUCGCCCCCACAGCCCUUCAGUUCUUUGCUCAAAGGACUAGCUCUCCAUCACAAACAUUGAGCCAAAAGCACACAGGUGAAAGAUGACUGUGACAUUUCACCCCUCCCCUCCCCCUCAAACUGCACAGUGCAUUCCUGAACUGGGAAAGAGUGCUCUGGAAAGCAAAACCAGUAAUUAAAAACAAAAUAAAAAUAGGAAGAAAAAAAAAAAAAAAAGAAAAAGGAAAAAGAAAAAACAGAAAGAAAAAAGAA